AUGUUUAACAUUUCUCCUAACAUUUAUUAUUGUUAUCGGAAGUUAUACCGCCGCCAUCAUUGUCUCCUACUCCACCAGCCGGUAGAAGGAAUAUUGCCAGGAACGAAGAGUAACACAUCUCGAACAAUCAAUAUAGUUGUGGCAGCUAUUGUUUUUGUGGUUUUAAUAAUCUGUGUCAGUAUCUAUUUAAGAGUGAAAAAGCGAAGGAAGAAAGUUGAAAUUGCGGAUGAAGUUAUUAGUGCUGAAUCAUUGCAAUUCGACUUUGCUACAAUUAGAGUUGCUACAAAUAAUUUUUCAGAUGCAAAUAAGCUUGGGCAAGGUGGGUUUGGUGCUGUUUACAAGGGUAUACUACCAAAUGGACAUGAAAUAGCUGUGAAAAGGUUGUCUAGUGGUUCUAGACAAGGCAAUCAAGAAUUUAAGAAUGAGGCCUUCAUAGUGGCUAAGCUUCAACAUCGUAAUUUAAUUAGGCUCUUAGGUUUCUGCUUGGAAAGAAAUGAAAGGCUUCUCAUCUAUGAGCUCAUGCCUAAUGCAAGCCUCGAUCACUUCCUAUUUGAUCCAAAUAAACGUUUACAUUUGGAUUGGGAGAAGCGCCACAAAAUCCUAAUAGGCAUUGCUCGAGGGCUUCUUUAUCUUCAUGAAGAUUCUCAAUUUCGUAUUAUACAUCGUGAUAUCAAAGCUGGUAAUAUUCUAUUAGAUUCAGAGAUGAAUCCCAAAAUUUCAGAUUUUGGCAUGGCUAAAUUGUUUGCACUAGAUCAAACUCAUGGAAAUACGAGAAGAAUCGCUGGAACUUAUGGAUAUAUGGCUCCAGAGUACGCAAUGCAUGGACUCUUCUCAGUAAAAUCUGAUGUUUUCAGCUAUGGUGUAUUAGUUUUGGAGAUGAUGUCUGGGCAGAAAAGUAGUUAUUUCCGUUUAAGAGGAAAUGUAGAAGAUCUUCUCAGCUUUGCAUGGCGAAAUUGGAGGGAAGGCAUGUCAUCAAAUCUUAUUGAUCCUACAUUGAGAGCUAGUUCAACAUAUGAAAUAAUGCGAUGCAUUCACAUAGGAUUGCUAUGUGUUCAAGAAAAUGUAGCUGACAGACCAACUAUAGCUUUAGUCAUUUUAAUGCUUAAUAAUCAUAUCACUUUAUCGGUGCCUUCACGGCCUGCAUUUUUUAUGCACAACACCAUUGAAUCAAACAUAUCACCAGACGGAUUCUUCCAAGCAGCAACAAAUGAGGCCUCAAUCAGUGAGUUAUAUCCUCGCUAG